UUGUGAACCAAUUAGCUAGCAAACUUGUACCUCGGGGGUAGGGACAUUUGUGCCCAGUUAAAUUCGACUGCGUACGUGGCAACUGGCUCUGUCGCAUGGUCUACGUAUCAGCGACGUUGGUAGUGUGAUCUCUGACAUUUUCGACGGGAGCUGCAUUGGACUGUCCAGGAGGUAUUUUUCCUUAUCAACCAGCAUGCAUUCACGACUUUCUGUGAUGAGGUGCAAAAUGACAUUGCUGCUUGCUUUAAUUGCCAAUUUUCUCCCAGUCGCCAAACCAUGCAUGCCAUUGUCCUUGACUAAAAGCGACUAUAAUAAUGACAACAACGAUUACCCCGAUCAGAUAGCAACUCUGAUCAUGCUUCCAAAGGGAAAAUGUCGGGUCACUUCACAUAAUUCUGAAGACGGGGAACAACUGCAUAUAAACCAAAGUUCAAACGUCAAUAUCCAUCCACUGUACGCAUCUACCACAUUUUCCAAUCAUUUGACUAACGUAGAUGACAAAGGUUUUUUCCCUCGUCAAGACCCUUACGUAAUGUGCCUGGUCUUUUGCCAGUACGAGAAAAACCAAACGAUUUCGACUACAGAAAACACUGAAAUUCGCCAAAUAUUAUGUUUUCCACAAUUCCAGAACAAGUGUUGUGUGAUAAAGGAAAUGAUGAAAUAUCCUUCAGAUCUGCCUGAA